AUGUGCGUAAAAUCGAAGUCAGGGUCAGCGAGCCAGGCGAGGACCCGCAUGCUGGCGUGCUUGCGUCAGACUCUGAUGGUGGUGCUCAUAAACAUUCCCAUGACUUCGUUCGGCUUGACAAUGGGCUGGGUGUCGUUAGCUAGCGGCGAGAGUGUCGUCACGGAGCUAUCCACGGACAGCGAUCACACCCGUGAGAGAGACGUCAAGGUGGUGGUAUCAGCUGCCAUCACAUUCUGCGCCUCGCUGGUGGGAGUGCUGCUUAGUGCGCGGUUACUCGCCGCUGGUAGAAAACUUGCGGUCAUAGUCACAUCGGGCUUGUUUGUAGCUUGUUGGUCGCUGAAGUUAUGUGGUGGCGGAUGGUGGCUAGUGUGUGCGCGAGCAUGCGCAGGUCUUGGCGGCGCCGGCGCAUGGGCCGUUACACCGCUGCUUGCCAAGGAAAUGUGCUCGGCGCGGGUGAGCGGCGCGGCGGUGUCGGCGCUGGUGCUGGCCAGCAACUUCGGCGAGCUGCUCAUGUACACCGCCGCCUACCUGCGCGUGCCCCACACGACGGUGUUGUGGAUAUGUCUGUCCUUAUCUGCCGUUCACUGUGUUCUGUUCCUGUUUAUGCCUGAAUCGCCCCAGUAUCUCGCUGCCCAGGGACAUACAGAGAAAGCUCGAGAAUCGCUCGCGUGGUUGCGAGGCAUGGACCGUGACGAACCAGAACUGAAGGUGGAGUUGGCGGACCUUCCCAUCAAAAGGAAACCAGUAUCAGCUUUUAGGUUGAUUAAUGACUUGUUCAGCGACGAGGGCAGACGUCGCGCCUUUAUCCUCUGCUGUGUGAUAGUGGUCGGACAGGAGAUGUGCGGCGUGUUGGCGCUGAUGCAGUUCGCUGAACGCGUGUUUGUAAUAGCACGUGACCAGAUUGAAGUGCUGAGACCGGUAGAGGUGGCUGGCACGUUCUACGAGCCUGCUCUUCACGCUGUACUUCUAGGCACCUCCCAGCUGUUUGCGUCAGCCUUAUCUUUAUAUCUUGUAGAGAAAAUUGGCAGAAAGCGUCUUAUAUCGUGGUGCGGGCUAGUGACAGGGAUGUCGAUGUUAUGUGGCGCCGCUGCGGUGCAGUGGGCCGCGGGAGGGCUGUGGAUGGCGGUCGCUCUCGGCACCGCCGUCUUUGCCGACUCCGCGGGGCUGCAGCCGGCGCCCUACGCGGUGCUCGCUGACAUGUUUGAUUACGAGUAUCGCGGUUGUGCAGUACUACUGAUCGCCGUGCUAUCGUGGCUGGGAAACGCGGUGGAAGUGCUUCUAUUCCCGGUGGUGGUAGUGCAAGCGGGACUCACCGCCGCUCUCGUCCUGUCGGCAGUCCUGACUCUCUCGGUCACUGUGUUUGCACUGUGGAAAGUGCCAGAGACGAGGGGCCGCAGUACGGCUGAAAUAUACCAAGUGUUACUCGGUCGGAAGAGAUCACGUGAUCAAGAUGAGACGUGUAAAGAGACAAUGAUUGAGUCAGACUAA